AUAUGCGCGUCACGUCUAUGAUGUGUAUUGUUUUGGGUUAUUUCUACGUCCAAAUUUAUUAAUAUUCAAAAUCGAUGUGUAUUUGUUAUCAAAAUUUAUAUUUGAUAUCAAAACUUCGGCAGAAAUGAAAAAAAUUAUAGCUCUACGGCUAGGACUUUUUGAAGUAUUACACGCUGUGCACCACUGAUACACAAGUUACGUGUGACAAUUUAGGAAAAAAUAUUUAAAGGAAAAGAGUAAUGUGUUUUGAAAAUAUGCUGCCAUGCUGGACUCGUGAAGAAUAUAACACAAAUAGGCAGUGACAGCUUUUAAAUAAUGUCUGGUACGUGAUGUGUGACAAAUGUGAUUCUAGGGGUUCUGAUUCUACCAUCUCGUUCUGAUCCGUAAGGUGACAGGGUUAUAGAAAAUAUGGUUACUUAAGCUUCUAUUCCGAGAACACAAUCAAAGUAGCAGUUAUGUCAGAUAAAAUGACCAACAGCUUCCGGAGCUACGUAGGACUUGACGAUCAGGAUUUGCAGAAUACUAGUGGAGAGGAUUCCAUCACCGAGCUAAACCCAAGAAUCUUAGCGGGUGAAGUCGUCAUCGCAGAAGCACAGAAUGUCUUAAUGUUUGCUCCAGUGAGUGAACAGAAACAUGGCAAAUCUGGAACACUUUAUGUCACCAAUUUCAAAUUAUCAUUUGUCACCACAGACGAUCGGGCACAAGAGGACUCCUUAAGUCAGCAAAACUCACUUUUAGCAGAAAAUGAAGUUUGUCUUUCAAAUGUUGAUAUUGUGUAUCAAGUUUUUGGUGACAAGAAAAAGAAAUUGAUUCCCGGCAGUAAUGUGUCCACUAAUAAGGUUAAAGGGAUAUACAUAAUUUGCAAGAAUAUGAGGGUACUUUCUUUUAGCUUCAAAUUCUCACCUGUAGGGCAUGGAAAAAUGCUGACAAAUGCAUUGCUUCAUCAUGCUUUUCCUUCCAGACAUCAUUUGUUGUUUGCUUAUGAUUACAGAGAACCCUACUAUUAUGCAUGUCGCCAUCUGACAAGCAUGUACAGAGAUGUGGAGGACUGGCAAAAUGAGCUGGAAAAUUCAAAGUGUAGUGGCUGGAGAAUCUCUUCUGCUAACAGAAACUUUGAGAUAUCCUCCAGUUUGCCCAUGUGGCUUAUAGUACCUGAGUCACUGCCAGACAAGCAGUUGAUACGUGCAGCAUCACAUUUCCAAGGUCAUCGCCCACCAUUGUGGGUCUGGGGCACUUCAGAAGGUGCUGCUUUGGUGCGCAUGGCUGAGCUGCAUGCAACUACUACUGACAGAACUCAAGAAAAUAUAAUGCUGGAGCAAGUUCGCAAGUCUCAUCCUGGACGACGAGUACCACACGUGCUGGAGCUAUCACGGGAAGUUCCCACUCCAAAGGAGCUACAGACAAGUUAUUGUAAAUUGCGAGAACUUUGUACACCAGAAACCAUUCGUCAGUUGUGGGUACAAGAUAGCCACUUCAUGUCACAACUGGAGUUAACACGGUGGUUGCACAGUGUGUCUCUGUGUUUGUGCAAAGCAUCGGAGGCAGCCGCUCAUCUUUUAAAAGGAUUCACAGUGGUUCUUCAGGAAUCAGAGGGACGUGACAUGUGCUGUGUGAUCUCAUCACUGUGCCAGCUUUUAUUGGUUCCACAGUACCGAACACUUGUGGGAUUUCAGGCGCUCAUACAGAAGGAAUGGGUGUCUCUGGGACAUCCAUUUAGCUCAAGACUUGGUCAUGUUCUACGCUCUUCUUCUGAAAGGUCCCCUGAACUCCUGCUGUUUCUGGAUUGUGUGUGGCAGCUAUUACAGCAGUUUCCCAUCGAGUUCGAGUUCACUGAAACAUACUUGACUACAUUAUGGGAUUCAGCUCAUAUCUCAGUAUUUGAGACCUUCCUUUUUGACUGUGAGAGGGAUCGUGAUGUUGCUGCUAAGGAUCCACAAAAUCCAUUAAUACUCCGCAGUGUUUGGGACUGGGAUGAGCAGUUCUCAGAAGCACGUGACCAAGAGCUGUUUCACAAUCCGCUGUUCAGGCGGCUUUCUAAGUCGUCUGUUUCUCCACUGUCACCUCGCUGUGGAGUUUCAUCGUUGCAACUCUGGGCACAGUGCUAUUAUCGGUGGCUGCCACCACUGGAGAUAAAGCGAGGUGGUCGUGUGCAAGUUGAAAUAAUUACUCGUGCUCUUGCUGCACAGAUUCAAGCAUUAAAUCAGGGGUCAGAACCAGUGUUGUGCUGCCCACAACCAGGUGUAGUAGGCUCAUUCUUCCCCUUUGGCCAGAGUGGUUUUGGUGUGAAUACAGGCGCAGCAGCUGUUGCACUACUUGGUAGCCAGUUGACUCUCAACACAAGCUUUCUUGGUGGAGAUGGCUUGGAUUCACAGUCUCUUCUCAAUGCACCUGACUGAAGUGGACUGUAUUUGGAAGUAAAGGGUAUGUCGCUAGCAGUAGAAAGAUGUUACUGGAUGAGAAGACUGCAGAACAAUUAUUCACAGGACAUCUUUCCAAAGAAUUUAUUUUAAUGUAUGUCAUUUAACUCCACUAUUAUAAGCCAUGAUUAGCAAGUAUUAGAAUGUAUAACAACUUGAAACAAAGGAAACACAUAAUUUAUUUACCAAAGAAAAUUGUUGUCUACUUUCCCACUUGGUAAUUCAUGCCAGAUUCACACUUUUUUCCUGCUUGUUGUAUAAAUUUGAGUAAAUGGAAACAUGUUUGUCUGUGCAGAUCUGUUUGUAUAUUGAACUAUAUGGAAAUUUGUGUUGAAUGUUCUGUGCCAUAUAUAUCAUAGGUAGGUCCAUUAGGAAAGUUUUUUUCAUUCAGUGGUGCUUAUUUCUGCAUCCAGUUUCAUUUGUGGUUGCUUAACAGUGGAAAAAUUGUAAUAUUUGUAAGAAAGUUUAUAUGUGUGUGUGUGUGUGUGUGUGUGUGUGUGUGUGUGUGUGUGUGUGUGAGAGAGAGAGAGAGAGAGAGAGAGAGAGAGAGAGAGAGAGAUUCAAUUUUGAUUUGUAUAUACUGUAUAAAAUAUAUUUAUACAUGAAAAUAAUUUAUGCAAAUGUUUUAGCUCAAAUUGUUGAUGUGUAAUUUAUUGUGAGAAUUUACCCUGAAAUGUUAUCAGUGGAUGUUAAUGAUGAUGUAGUACUUGAAAGUUAGAGGCAUGUGAGGCAUUUCUCUUUCAAACUGAAAGUUUCUAUUAGCUGUGCUGCUGGACAUAAAUAUUCAUGAUUACAGCAACAAAGAAUUCAAAUAAUGUUUGUCUUUUGACUUUGUAAAGUGUUAAAUAUUUGUAUUGUUGGUAAAAUUUAGUGCAGAGUUUAUUACCUUACAUUGUAAAUGAAAAUGGCUUUUGUUCUAUAAUGAUGUCUUCCUGUACAUGCACUUUUGUGUGCAAUACAUAAAUUUGGAUAUCCAAGUUGAGAAACUGAAAUAUAAUGUACACAAAUAAAAAUAUGUAUAUUAUGACUAUUUUCAAUUUACACUGGAUGAUUUCACAGUUUUGUGUAAAACACUAUCGUUAUUCUGUAUUGACUCAUAGUCUAAAACCAAAUCCCAAAUCUUUCAAAAGACGUUUUCACUCUUGUGAGCAAUACAGUAUAGAAAAUAAAAUAGAUGUUUAAUAUUUUAAUAUUAUGUAUAGUAGUUGUGGACUCUAAUGCAAAACUGGAUCCAGCUGGUAAGCAAUGUGGACAAAAUGAUAGCUUUCUUUGGUACAUCUUGUCAUUACAACUUGUGCUUGACUCUCCUCUUUCCAUUUGCUAUGGGGCUGUUUGAUUGUGAUGCGACAGUUCCGUUAUCACAAAAUGUUUUCAGGGAGCAAUUGUCGCUCUGCAGUAGUGUGUGUGUGGAUAUGAAACUUCCUGUCAGAUUAAAAUUGUGUGCUGGACAGAGACUCAAAAUUGGGAUCUUGGCCUGUUGUAGAUAAGUGCUGUUCUGACUGAGCUAAGCGCAAAUCAUGACCCAUCCUUGCAGCUCUACUUCCACCAAUACCUCAUCUCCUACCUUCCAAACUUCGCAGAAGCUCACCUGCUAAACUUAAACGACUAGCAUUCCUGGCAGAAAGGAUAUUGUAGGGAUGAGGCAUAGCCACAGCCUGGAGGAUGUUUCUAGAAUGAAAUUUUCUGUUGCAGCAGAGUGUACACAGACGAAAAACUUCCUGGCACAUUAAAACUGUGUGCCAGAUCGAGGCUUGACCUCAGGACCUUUGCCUUUCAUGGGCAAGUACUCACCAAUUGAGCUACUCAAGCACGGCUUGGGACCCGUCUCCAUGUUAUCCUUUAUUCCAGGAGUUUAGACUUGCAAGUGUUGCAGCAGAGUUUUGUGAAAUUUGGAAGAUAAGUGAUAUGGUGGGGAUGGGUUGUGAGUUGUUUUUGGAUGCCCAGAUGGUAAAGCAUUUGCCUUUGAGUCCUGGUCGAGUGCACAGUUUUAAUCUGCCAAGAUGUUUUAUCACGAAAUGUUAUUUGAUUACUGUUUAACAGGUCUGCCUAUUUUCUUGAAAGUAUUCAAAAAAAAAUUUGAGUAGUGCUAAAUUAGUUACACUGAUGUGGGAAUUACUUUGUAAGUAUGUAGGUGUGCUGAGCUAAAAUAAAAAAAG